ACAACGCCCCUGGACGUCCAGCCGUCGAACACAGCAAAUGACAAAACCAGAGCAGGCCAAACCUGCGAUGGGUCUGCUGCUGCUGGUAUCGCUGCUGGCGCUUUCCGGCAGCGUCCCCGUGCCGCGUGGAGCGCCCCCUGUCGGCCGCUGGGAAGGCUACGUGCUGCACAUGGCCGCCACGCUCCGGGCGCAGCAGCUGUCCGGCCUGCACUUCCUGUGCCGGUCCCAGUGCGUGUCCCCGAAUCUGCUGCGCAGGGUAGGGAGGCACUCGACACUCGCGUACACCGUGUCGGUCGGGGGCGCGGUGCUGCCGUCUUGGCCCGUCACGACCAGGAACCUGUUCGUCCUCGUGGGCAUGGACUGCGGCGUCCUGGCCAACGUGACUCUGCACGCGCGGGACGUCGUCGUCAUCGUGUCCUUCCGCACGCGGGAGGCGCUGUUGUCGCGUGCGGCCGGCGCCUUCGAGUCAUGCUGGCGGCUGGACGUUCUGGACGCCGUGGCCGUGGCCGCCGGCAGGGGCUCCCUGCUGGUGUACACGUACCUGCCCUACCGCGCGGGCCGGUGCCGCGACAUGGGGCCGCAGCAGGUGGCCGAAUGGACGCCCCGCAGCGCGCAGCACCCCGCGGCCUUCGGGCUGGUCGCCAAGGUCCGGGAUCUGGGCGGCUGCCCCCUGCGCGUGACCGCCUUCCAGACGCGGCCCUGGACGGACCUCAUCCCCGUCAACAAGACCGGGCGCUUUGUGCUGGGCGGGACCUACGCGCCGUUUCUUGCGACUUUGGCCAGGUACAUGAACUUCACGCCAGACUUGGCUCAACCAACAGACGGCAAUGCUUACGGCAACGCCGCAGAUUUUCCUCACUUCGGCGGCGCACUGGGUGACGUCUAUCACAACCGCAGCGACUUCUGCCUCGCUUUCUCGCCGAGUGACAUCCAGAUGCCCUACCACGGCCGGCCACCCACGGCCCAGUCAGCUUGCACCACGUGGUGCCUGCCCACGGGCUACCGGCAGUCCUCGGUGUGGCGGCCCGUGGUCGGGGAAUUCACCACGCAGUCCUGGGCGGCCGUGCUGGCGUCGUAUGUAGUGGCAGCCCUGUCGCAUUGGCUGCUGUCCAGGAGCAGGGCCUUGAUGGACAGCGCGUUGGCCGCCCUGCAGAGCCUCGUCAGCUCCAUCAGCGCCAUGCCUGCUAACUGGGCUCCCAGGUUUUUCAUGUUUUGCUGGUCCUUCUCGGGUUUAGUGCUGGCGACGUUGUACAUGGCGGCAUUGCAAAGCAUCAACUCCUCAGAAUCGGUGGACACACUCUUCCGGACGGUAGAAGAACUGGACCAGUCGCCGUUACCAGUGUACUCGUCCGCGGACCAGCUCCGAAACUUCAAGCAAGUCAUUUUAUUGUGUGAUGAAACAAAACAAAUCUGGGCUUUAUCUACCCUUUGCAGCCAAACACACUUGAAGGCUGAUUGUCAAGUAUUUAAAUCGUCCUGGUACAUAGAAUCAAGCAGUUCGAUAUAUAUAUAUAUAUCUUUAAAAGCCCCUUGCUUAGUUGUAAACCAAAAACAAAUCGAAUGGGUCAACGAACCUGUUUCUCAAAUGAAUGUCACCAGGAAGGCUCAGUUUGACUCAUCCGAGAAAGCCCUGAUGGCGCGUGUGCGCAUGUUCGAUUACUCCAAUGCCGUGCCCAUGUUCAGAAGAUUCUUCGUCAACCCCGACAGAGGCAUUUUAACAGAUCGAAAUGCGUGUCAGGCCUGGGCAGUGCUUUUUACUCCACCCCGUAAGGCGCCGCGCUUCCACGUGAUUCGCAAUUACUGCUUCUCGGUGAGCAUGGCCUACAACCUGGUGGUGCGGCGAAGGUCCCCCUUGCUGCGGCCCUUCAGCGUCGCCACCAGCCGCCUCGACGAAGCCGGACUCACCAUGCACUGGUUCGACAGCAAGGUCCUGGACGUGGCGCAUUCCCAGGAUCCGGUCAUGCGAAUGCGGCAGCUCAUCCCGUUCCUGAUUCUCCUGGGCAUUGGUCUGUGUGCAGCUAGCAUCACCUUUCUGCUAGAGAUACUGAUUGCGCGGUCCUUAAGCUGUUGCCGACCUGCAUCACGACGUAGUGCAUCUUCAUUCAAGAAACGCGAUGACAAACCGGCCUUUCACAAUCCCGAGGACAUUGAGUAUUGGGAGCUCCGAAGACGGCUUCGCCUAUAGAAAUUGCGCCAACAGUGCAGUCAGGACAUUGGAGCCGGCACGGCCACUGGGAGAAAUAAAGGUGUCUAAACUAC